AUGAGUUUCAGUCAGUAUAAAAAUAUUUGCCCCAAACAAGAUCUGAAUCUGCAUGUUUCAGAUGCCCCUGCAUCAGCAUCUUCGGUGUUAUUGGUGCAUUUGGGAGCAGUAGGUGCAUUGGCGAGCGGCGCAGCACUAUGCGGCGGCAACGGAGCGUGCGCUUGCGGCGCGUUAUUGCACGCUCUGCAUCCGCUGCAGUUGUGGACCGUAUGUGGGUUGCAUGCAGAUCGAGCUGCUGCAAUAGCUGCACCGUUGCAUUAUGCAGCAAUUGUUUCUGCAAAGAAGGUGAUGAUUUGCGUGGCAAGCGGCUGGGUCGCGACAGCGGCGUUGCUAGCUCCGCUCGUUGCUGCACAGCCGCCACUGGCAUACAGCGCGGGAUUGGGUAGCUGCGCCCCUGAUUGUGGAGCAGGACCAGCGGCUCUGGGUUUCUGCAUCUUGUACUCUAUAUUUACUCUUUUAAUCCCCGUUACUCUAGUACUACUUUGUAGUCUCAAAAUACUUCGCAUCGCCAGAUAUCAUCGCCACAGGAUAGCAGCGGCUAUUUACGAAGUAACUUUGUCAGCACAAGUGACAGUGACGCAUCAACGAAACCCUUUCUCAGCGCCUCCUCCGCCCCGACGGCGUGCUUUGUCAGCAGUGCUACAACCUCUAUGCUCUUUAGCUAUUCUUUACUUUCCAUAUUAUUGCGUACUGAUAUGGCCAGCUGUUGCUAUUCCACCGCAACCAGUAGCUGCGCUAGCCGCUACUCUUUUAGCUGCAGCGCCACCAGUUAAUGGUAUUGUUUAUGGAAUACGAAGUCAUGCUUUAAGAGAUUCUCUUCGAAAUUAUCGACGCAAACGAAUGACCAAGAGCGAAGUGACCCAAGAGAUACAAGCGAGGACACCAAGCGCUUGUGGGUCACGACGGCCAUCCCUGUCGGCCGGUUCGGGAUGCAUACGACCUCCGACGACGAGGAGAUUGUCCGACGCAGCAGCAAUGGGUUCACGAGGAUCAGAAAGACCCGCUCAAAGAGCAGCUUCAUGUAAUAUGUUGCAAGAUCACCAAGAUGAAGAGCAUCCACGUAUACGGACAUCUGCUAUUCCAAUAAUUCGCGCACCACCUCAUGUAGUGUUAGGUAGAGCGCUUGGACUCGAAGAGACCGGUACAAGGGGUCGUCGACGGCAAUCUCCAAGAAUAACGGUAACAAGGGCCAUGUCUGAUGAAAGUGAAUCGCCAUCGCGUCGUCCUCUUUGUCGCCAACACUCCCGUUCAAGUGGUGCUCUCCUAAGUGGGCUACCGUAUUCCCCAGCAUUGUCAGAAAGCAUCCACGUGGAUCAUCCUGACGAGCAACUGCUUCUCUCGUGGCCACAACACCAGCAUCACAUCAAAAGUGACGCUUUAUAA